AAAUGUAUAUCCUAAAGAUGCCGAAGCACCACCAUGUGGAGUGGAUGAUAUGACAAAGUUGGCAUAUUUGCAUGAACCCGGGGUUCUAAAUAACUUGCGUUCUAGAUAUGACAUUAAUGAGAUAUAUGUGAGUGAUCGGAAUUUCUCUUUUUCUCCCUUCCUAUAAACAACAUAUACAGGGAGCAUAUUGAUAGCUGUAAAUCCUUUCACACGAUUACCGCAUUUGUAUGAUAGCCAUAUGAUGGCGCAGUAUAAAGGUGCGACAUUUGGGGAGUUGAGUCCCCACCCUUUUGCCGUUGCUGAUGCUGCAUACAGAGUUAUGAUGAAUGAAGGUAUAAGCCAGUCGAUAUUAGUUAGUGGAGAGAGCGGAGCUGGUAAAACAGAAAGCACAAAACAGCUAAUGCGCUAUCUUGCUUACAUGGGAGGUAGAGCUGCAUCUGAGGGGAGGAGUGUCGAGCAGAAAGUCUUGGAGUCCAACCCUGUACUAGAAGCUUUUGGUAAUGCAAAAACUGUGAGAAACAAUAACUCAAGUCGUUUUGGAAAGUUUGUGGAGAUUCAAUUUGAUGAAAAGGGAAGGAUUUCAGGCGCUGCUAUUAGAACAUACUUACUGGAAAGGUCUCGUGUUUGUCAGCUAUCAGAUCCCGAGAGGAAUUAUCAUUGCUUCUACAUGCUUUGUGCCGCACCCCCUGAGGUUGUUCAAAGAUUCAAAUUGGGCGAUCCAAAGACCUUCCAUUAUUUAAAUCAGUCAAAUUGCUACCAGAUUGAUGGUUUAGACGAAGCAAAAGAAUAUAUUGCCACACUGAAUGCAAUGGAUGUUGUAGGAAUUAGUUCUCAAGAACAGGAUGCAAUUUUUAGAGUCGUGGCUGCAAUUCUUCAUCUGGGGAACAUAGAAUUUGCAAAGGGAGAGGAAAUAGACUCGUCUAUGCCUAAGGAUGAAAAAUCUCUGUUUCACUUAAAGACUGCUGCUGAGUUAUUCAUGUGCGAUGUGAAAGCUCUAGAAGAUUGCCUAUGCAAACGUGUCAUGGCAACACGUGAUGAGACCAUCACGAAAUGGUUGGAUCCAGAAUCUGCUGCUGUCAGCAGAGAUGCUUUAGCAAAAGUUGCUUACUCGAGGCUAUUUGACUGGCUCGUAGAUAAGAUCAAUAAUUCAAUUGGUCAGGACUCAAGCUCAAAGUACAUAAUUGGAGUAUUGGACAUAUAUGGAUUCGAGAGUUUCAAAACAAACAGCUUUGAGCAGUUUUGCAUCAACUUGACAAACGAAAAACUUCAACAACAUUUCAAUCAGCAUGUCUUCAAAAUGGAGCAAGAAGAAUAUACAAAAGAAGAAAUUAAUUGGAGCUACAUCGAGUUUAUUGAUAAUCAAGAUAUCCUAGAUCUCAUUGAGAAGAAACCGGGUGGCAUUAUAGCUCUUUUAGACGAGGCUUGUAUGUUUCCCAGGUCAACACAUGAAACAUUCUCGCAGAAGUUGUACCAAACUUUUAAGAACCACAAGUGUUUUGCCAAACCAAAAUUGGCACGCUCUGACUUCACGAUUUGUCAUUAUGCUGGUGAUGUCACAUAUCAAACCGAGUUGUUUUUAGACAAAAACAAAGAUUAUGUCAUUGCUGAACAUCAGGCCCUCUUGAGUGCAUCAAAAUGUUUCUUUGUGUCUGGAUUGUUCCCAAAGUCAUCUGAAGAGUCCUCUAAGUCAUCAAAGUUCUCCUCAAUCGGUACACGUUUCAAGCAACAGCUGCAACAAUUGCUUGAAACUUUGAGCUCAACUGAGCCUCAUUAUAUUCGUUGCGUAAAACCUAACAAUCUUCUUAAGCCUGCUAUUUUUGAAAACCAAAAUGUUCUACAGCAACUGCGAUGUGGGGGAGUAUUGGAGGCAAUUAGGAUCAGUUGUGCUGGGUACCCCACUAGAAAAGCAUUUGACGAUUUCGUGGAUAGGUUUGGCAUCCUGGCUCCUGAAAUUUUGAAUAGAAGUACGGAUGAAGUUGCUGCGUGCAAGACGCUUUUGGAGAAAAUUGGACUCGAAGGCUAUCAGAUUGGGAAAACAAAGGUGUUUCUAAGGGCCGGUCAAAUGGCAGAGCUGGAUGCUCGCCGAACUGAAGUUUUAGGAAGAUCAGCUACUAUUAUUCAAAGGAAAGUUCGUUCUUUUAUGGCCCGAAAAAGUUUUGUAUUGAUGCGUCGUUCUGUCUUGCAAAUUCAAUCUGUCUGCCGAGGACAACUUGCUCGACAAGUUUUUGAGAGCAUGCGUAGAGAAGCUUCUUGUUUGCGGAUUCAGAGAGAGUUGCGGAUGCAUCUUGCUAGAAAAGUUUACAAUGAAUUAUGUUUCUCUGCUCUUUCUAUCCAAACAGGUUUACGAGGAAUGGCUGCACGUAAUGAGCUUCGUUAUCGAAGGCAGACAAAAGCAGCAAUCAUCGUUCAGAGCCAUUUUCGCAAGUUCUUGGCCCGCUUGCAGUUCAAGAAGUUUAAGAAAGCUGCAAUUACUACACAAUGUGCAUGGAGAGGAAAAGUUGCCCGUGGUGAACUUCGGAAGCUUAAGAUGGCUGCAAAAGAGACUGGUGCUUUACAAGCUGCAAAAAAUAAACUAGAAAAGCAAGUUGAAGAUCUUACUUGGCGACUACAGCUGGAGAAGCGCAUAAGGGCUGACCUGGAAGAAGCCAAAACGCAAGAAAAUGGGAAAUUACAAUCUGCUUUGCAAGAUAUGGAAAUUCAGCUAAAAGAAACUAAAGAACUGCUCAUGAAGGAACGUGAAACCACUAAGGCAAUAGCAGAAGUUCCACUCAUCCAGGAGGUCCCAGUUGUGGACCAUGAACUCAUGAAUAAGCUUACUGCUGAAAACGAGAAACUCAUGGAUUUAGUUACUUCCCUGGAGAAGAAAAUGGGUGAUACCGAGAAGAGAUACGAAGAGACAAACAAACUCAGUGAGGAGAGGUUGAAGCAAGCUUUAGAGGCUGAGACGAAAAUUAUCCAGUUAAAGACUGCUAUGCAGAGUCUUCAAGAAAAGGUUUCUGACAUGACAUCUGAGAACCAAAUUCUUCGACAUCAAGUAUUUUCGUCACCUAUUAAAGGCGUUCCAGAAUCCUUUCAUACUCAAGAAACUAAAGAGCCCGAUACACCUGCUAUGAGUUUGGUGACUAAAUCUCACAGCAAGCCUAAAAAACCUCCAGUUGAUAAUCAACAAGAGCACAUUGACGCCCUUAUAGAGUGUGUCAUGAAAGACACUGGAUUCAGUCAAGGCAAACCUGUUGCAGCUUUUACCAUCUACAAAUGCCUUAUUCAUUGGAAAUCUUUUGAAUCUGAAAAAACUAGUGCAUUUGACCGACUUAUUCAGAUGAUUGGUUCAGCAAUUGAGAAUCAAGAUAAUAAUGAUCAUUUAGCAUAUUGGUUAUCAAAUACGUCCACUUUGUUGUUCUUAAUCCAAAGAAGUUUAAAACCCGAUGGUGCAAGUUCAGCUCAGAAACCACCAACUCCAACUUCACUAUUUGGAAGAAUGAUGGGAUUCCGUUCAUCUUCUAUAAGCGUUGCUGCGGCUGCAGCUGCACUUGAGGUAGUACGUCAAGUUGAAGCCAAAUAUCCAGCUUUACUUUUCAAGCAGCAACUUACAGCAUAUGUAGAGAAAAUGUAUGGCAUUAUUCGUGACAACUUGAAAAGGGAGUUGGGGUCAUUGAUUGCCUUGUGUAUUCAGGCUCCACGAACAUCCAAGGCAGUGCUAAGAUCUGGACGGUCCUUCGGCAAAGAUUCUCAAUCCAAUCACUGGCAAGGCAUUGUUGAUUGUCUCAACACUCUUCUAAACACAUUGAAAGAAAACUUUGUGCCUCCCAUAAUUGUUCAGAAGAUAUUUACUCAAGUUUUCUCAUAUAUCAAUAUGCAGCUCCUUAACAGUCUUCUUCUGCGCCGGGAGUGUUGUACCUUCAGCAAUGGGGAAUAUGUGAAAGCUGGGUUAGCCGAGUUGGAGAUGUGGUGUUCUCAAGUAAAAGAAGAGUAUGCAGGGUCAGCUUGGGAUGAACUUAAGCAUAUUAGACAGGCUGUUGGGUUCUUGGUUAUACAUCAGAAGUAUAGGAUAUCAUACGAUGAUAUCACCAACGAUCUGUGCCCUGUUUUAAGUGUCCAGCAACUGUAUAGAAUAUGCACUCUUUAUUGGGACGAUAAUUACAACACUCGAAGUGUAUCCCAAGACGUUAUUUCAAGCAUGAGGGUACUGAUGACAGAGGACUCCAACACGGCUGUCGCUAAUUCCUUUCUGCUAGAUGAUAAUUCCAGCAUACCUUUCUCGGUUGAUGACCUCUCUACUUCCCUCCAAGUUAAAGACUUCUCAGACGUGAAACCUGCUGUAGAACUUGUCAAGAAUCCGGCCUUUCUGUUUUUACUAUAGAGGCAACCACACAUCAACAUACUCUUAUUUAACACGGUAUAGCAUAAGUUCCAUUUGAAAAUACAUAUUCUUUAUUUUUUCUACGUAUUACUGGUUAAUCCAUGUCAAAAUGUAAAAUGUACAUUAUCUAUUUGAUUGAAUAGUGCCUCUACUAAUUGGGCCCUUUUAAGCUUCAGAUUAUUUAUUUUCCGUAAACAUAACAUUGU